GGCAAAGCAGGCAGGGGGCGAGGCGGGCUGGCCACCACCCAAAAGCUCGGGCCGCCCCCUGCUCCGACCAUUGCCUCCGCCGCUCGUCUCCGGUCCCUGCCUAUUCAUUUGUCUCUCCCAGCAGCUCACCGUGCCUCCUCCAUCGGCAUCGACCUGGCCGGCCGAGAGAGCACACCUUGCCGUCUCUCUCCCGGGCGUGCGCGCGCGCGUGGUCGGAGGCUGCCGUCGCUUGCGUCGGCCGCCCCCGGCCCCGAUCGACACAGCCGCCGGCCGGCCAGCAGGGAGGAACAACCGAGCGACCCAACCCAAGCUGAAUGAUCAGCAACAUAUCCUUCCUCCGGAAAAUGCAUCGCUGGAUCCUCCCUAGCUGCGGCGACAUCCGCCAGCCGCGCCAGUCGUCGUCGUCGUCCCGCCGUCGAGAUGAGGCCCCGAGGCCGGCGGCGGCCCCUUCGAAGCUCAGGAAGGUGGGGUCGGAGGGGAUGCUGGUGCUGGCCGUACCCAAGGACGUGGAGGAGUUCCGGACCAUGUCGGCGUACGGCCGCCUCAAGCUCUUCACGUACGACGAGCUCAGGAAGGCCACCGGCGACUUCAACCCGGGGCAGAUCGUCGGCGAGGGCGGCUUCGGCGUCGUCUACAGAGGGGUCAUCGACGGCGCCGUGCGCAAGGGGUACCCGCCCACGGAGGUCGCCGUCAAGGUGCUCAACCCAGAGGGGCUCCAGGGCGACAGGGAGUGGCUGACGGAGGUGAGCUACCUCGGGCAGUACAGCCACCCGAACCUGGUGGAGCUCAUCGGCUACUGCUGCGAGGACGACCACCGGCUGCUGGUGUACGAGUUCAUGGCCAAGGGCAGCCUGGAGCACCACCUGUUCCGCCGCGCCUGCAGCCUGUCGUGGACGACGCGGCUGGCCAUCGCGCUGCACGUCGCCAGGGGCCUCGCCUUCCUCCACGGGCCCGACCGCCCCAUCAUCUACCGGGACUUCAAGACCUCCAACAUCUUGCUCGACGCGGAAUUCAACGCCAAGCUGUCGGACUUCGGGCUCGCCAAGGAGGGACCAAUGGGCGGCGAGACGCACGUGUCCACCAGGGUCAUGGGCACCUACGGCUACGCGGCGCCGGAGUACAUAGCCACCGGGCACCUGACGGUGAUGAGCGACGUGUACGGCUUCGGCGUGGUGCUGCUGGAGAUGCUGGUGGGGCGGCGCGCGCUGGAGCCGAGCAGGGCGGGGGCCCGCGAAGGCAGCCUGGUGGACUGGGCCCGGCCAAUACUGAUCCGGCCCAAGAAGCUGGAGCGGAUCCUGGACCGGCGGAUGGGCGAGGUGGGCUCGGAGAUGGGCCUGGAGCGCGUGGCCCGCCUCGCCUACGACUGCCUCAGCCAGAACCCCAAGGUCCGGCCGUCCAUGGCCAGGGUCGUCACCACGCUCGAGGCCGUCCUCGCCGCCGCCGACGACGCCCCGCCGCGGUGAGACCGGCAGGUCGGCCGGCCGGCGAGAUCGUGCCAUAGGUAGUAGGGACGGCAUACGACUUAAUUAGGUGUACGGGUAUAUAUGCGUGACAUGUUUUGGUGUAAUCAUUUGAUUGUAUCGAUAUAUUCAUGGAGUAUAAAAUUAUUAAUAAAUUUGAAAAGAAUAAAAAACAAUUGAGCA